AUGGCAUUGCUUGAGGCGCGACCCUAUCGACCCUUUAAAUCCAGCGAAGAAUAUCUGGAGGCUAUGAAAGAGGAUUUAGCCGAAUGGUUGAACACAUUGUAUCCCGAAUUAACAAUAAAUGCCGAUAAUUUUAUGGACCGCCUAGAUACGGGUAUAGCAUUAUGCAAGCACGCUAACAAUGUACGUCAAGCAGCCGAAGAUUAUUUGGCCCGUCGUCAGGCACGCAACAAAUCAAUGACACGUUCGAUAACUUCCGGCUCGGCUGGUCCAAUUUUAGCUAUGGGCAAUGUACACUACUUGCCAGCGGCAAAGAGCGGUACCUUCUUUGCCCGGGAUAAUGUAUCAAAUUUUAUUACAUGGUGCAGAAAAAGCCUUAAAAUCAUCGAGUGCCUAUUAUUCGAAACUGACGACCUCAUUAUGAGAAAAAACGAAAAACAUGUAAUUUUAUGCCUAUUAGAAGUGGCCAGACGUGGAGCAAAAUUUGGUAUGCUGGCUCCCAUGCUAGUACAAAUGGAACGACAAAUUGAUCGUGAAAUAGCCGCAGACAAUAAAGCGAACGGUAUCGGCUGUGCCACCCAAACUGAAAACGAUGCUACACAAACCGAUAAAGGCGUCGGCACGGAGAGUGUAGCCACCGAAACUGAUAUGUUCGAUGAUACCGAUUCGGAAAAUGAUGAUGACGACACUGAUGGCCCGAUGCUAAUGUAUGGACCACAACCACAAAUUGUUACAAACGAUCUAAAGAGCUUAGACGAAAUGGUUAGGGAUUUAGUGGAGAAAUGCACUUGUCCCUCACAAUUCCCAAUGGUACGCGUCUCGGAAGGCAAAUAUCGUAUAGGGGAUACCAAAGUUUUAAUCUUUGUUCGCAUAUUACGUUCACAUGUUAUGGUACGAGUCGGCGGUGGCUGGGAUACACUAUCACAUUAUCUCGAUAAACAUGAUCCCUGCCGCUGUAAGGCACAACAUCGUUCCGCAGUAGCUGCUCGCCUUAUACCACGUUCGAGCAAUCAAAGCAACGGCAUCGAACUGCACAGAGCACAGGUGAUAUUUGAAAGAUCACCGCCCUCAGCUCGAAAAAUUAUUUCCACUUUCAAUAAUCAAAAUUCUGGAAGUCUUCACAAUUUCAACGGUAAUAAUAUGUCACACAAUAUGGCCAAUCUGUCGCCUAGUUAUGGUGCUUUAAAUAAAAAUCGCAGUCGCAGUCCAACACCACAACAAAAAUUUCUACAUCAAAGCAUAAACAAUAUAAACACGGGUGGUGUAACGGAUAUGCCCGCCAAUACGGGGCUCAAUGUUAUUGAUAAAUUGCAUCCCAGUUCUGUUUCACCAAAUUUCGCUCGUCGUUCUAUGUCGCCGAGUCCACGACGUCUAAUGGAUAUGCGAAAGAAAUCAACGGCAUUGGAUGCAUGCAAUAAUGGGCCAAAAUCUUUACCCAUUACUGCUGAGUAUGAAAAUUUCGAACAGUCACCAGUCUUAGUAGCGAAUUCAAGUCAAAACUCAGAAACAAACACGAAUAGCAAUAAAUUUGAAAAUAUUAGCGAUAACGGCAGUGAGAUCAGCGAUGAAGGGUACCGCAGUUUGGGUGUCAUACAGUCGAAUGCUCAAAAACGCGAAUCGUUACAUAGCCAAACCUCAACCGAUGACGCUGAAAACAAUGCGCGUCACGAUCAAACAUCAAGCGAUUCGCAACUUUCACCUACAGAAGAAGCUACCGCCUCAAAUAAGACACCCGAAAAUGUAGAGAACAUUUACACGCAGAAUGACGAUCUGCAACUUGAUAAUGGACCGCAAUCAUUGCCUGCGGUUUUACCUAUCGACAGCGCAAAUAAAUUUGAACAAUCAGGUGUUUACAUAACCGACGAAGAUAUAACUGUUGAUAUUGCCAGUACAACCGGCUUAAGAAAGACGGACUUUUCAAAUAAAAUUUUUGGCAUAACCAACGGAGAAGACAACACCGACAGUACUACCACUAUGAAAAUGUCGACAAUUGAACCAGCAAAAGCAAAAGUCAAUUACAGCAAAAUACCGUUCUCGCCACUGGUCACAUCGCAACGCAGACGUAGCGUUGAUAGCAGCAAUUGCAAUUCGACUGGCAGUUUACAAGAUUUGCAUUCACGUACCGGUCUACCGGCUUUUAAUCGCAACAAACCAGCUUACAGAUCGGUCAGAAAACCGAACACUUCUCAAUUUGCUAACGAAAUGGCAUCCGUGAAGAAACACAAGGGACCAGCAUCUUUGGCUACUGCAGGUCGCGAUGUUACAAACACUUGGAGUGGAAGGUCUACGGCAAAGACUGGAGGUAAAAAGCGACCAACGCUAUCAAGCGAAACGUUCACUCCGACAACAGCUAACGAUAACAAUUCAACCGUAGCGGGCUCUACUCUGGAACGUAAUUCAAAAACAAGAUCCUCACAUAUUUUAUAUGAUAGCAAUGGCCGACGCAUUAAGGGAUGCACAACUUCUUUGACUACAUCGCCUGUUAAAAAUCAUGCAUCUUCCCCGUUAGCCCAGCAAUUGCUCGAAGCGGCCAGUAGCGCCAAAAACGAUGCUCAGAUUUUAGAGAAAAUGAAAACAUUAUUAUUACGUUAUUCGGCGAGUAAUAUCGAAGUGCAAGCCUCUUCACAUUCAACCAAUGCUACGCAGCGCAAUGGAACGCAUGCAAAAAAAGCGGUAUAUGAAGACUUUACCGCCGCCUGGGUGAAUAGCAACGGUACUCUGGAACGUUCGAGUAGUUGCUCGCCGCCAGCAAAACCUCGCUCUAAGCGUAGUUCGGCGGCUUCGUCCACUGAAAGUACGAAUUCACGUGACAUGUCUGUAAUAGUAUCACCACGUCGCGAUCGUGGCCUCUCUAAAAUUCCUGCCCCCGUGCGCCAACACACGGAGCUUUACUAACAAAAAAUAUCACCACAGAUCCGUCGGAUAGUGGGAUAUCAGAAAUCGCCUAAGAAACCAUAACAAUACCUUUGUUUUUAUAAUUACAAUUACUUUAAAUGAAACGGAUAGAAAAGUCAGCGGAUCAAAGAUCCUCUUAUCGUUGCGCAGUAAAGCGAAUUGGAAUGAGACAAAUUUUUUUAAGAUUGUGUAAAAAAUAGUUAUUAACUUUUAAAACAAAAUUUUAACAUAAAUCCGAUUUGGAUUUACAUCAGCGAUUCUCAGUCUUUCAGCCCAAAUCGUAUUCAAGCGAACGAUAUUAUUUUGAUAUCUUUCUGUAAAGAAUUGGAUUGAUUUGGUUCUGAUAAGCGCGUUAGGGAUCUUAAUUGAAUUCAGUGCUGUCCUAAUAUCGUCGACAAAAACAACUUGGCAUAUUCUUUAGAUGGACUAAAAGCGAUUACUGUAAUAUACAAAAUACGCAUUUCUCAAAGGCUAUUGUUAGGUUAUGUCACAAAGCUUUCAUUAGGGUACAUUUCUGAUGGUACAUUUACGCUGUCCAUACCAUACCAUACCAUAAUUUCGAUUACCUACUGCUAUCGUGAUAUGCGAUCAUUUGAAAUCGUUAUCAUUUCAUGUUCAUUUUUAAAAGUUCUCGCCGCUCGCUUAAGAUGCAAAUUUGUUAAGUCCGUCAUACGAGAUUACUUUUCCCGCAAAUUUUCCAAGUACAUUUUUUCAAUGUCGCACGUGAUCCCCUCAUUAUAUCCGGCACCGUGAUAUAUGCUAAACUCACAACGUUUUUUCCAAUCAUAUCAAUAUAUAUAUGGAUGUUAUAUAUAGUGAUGCAAAAGCUGGACAUAUACUAUUUACUCAUACUCACGUUCACAUGACUCAUUAAUAGCGUCAACAUUAUUUGGAAGUAUGUAAUUUUUCUACGCUAAAUAAAGACGUGCUUCCAAGUGGUAGCGUGCACAAAUGAAAGUGAUGAAUUUUCACUUCUCGUUACGCGUGAUCACAAUAUUUGAAAAAUGGAUCGAGGGUUUUUGUGUUAUUGUCAAUAUAGAAAUUCGUCUGAGGAUAUCUCUUGAAGUCCGAGGAGCAGAGUUCGAAUUUGUAUUUUCCUUUCAAACGUUUCAAUACUAUAUGUAAUUGUUACGCUUUAGCGCCAGCAUUUCGUAUACAUUCAACUUUGACUGGUCAUUUCCUGCAAGCACUAUUUUGAACAUUAGAAUUCCCAGUAUAUCUACUGCUUCUAACCAUGCAUUCAUAGGUCCUUCAGAAACUUUCGAUAAGUCUGCAUAGCUUUGCAUGGAAUUUCCGCAUACUUAUCAGCGAAGGUUCAAACGCCACCUAUCAUAUCAUAUUUGGACUAAUGGGUUUUUUAUAUAUACUCUAGCGUUUAAAUUAUUAAAGAUUUUUUGUGAGCAAAAGGCUCAGGCUAGCUUUCAGAUAACCUGAUUUAUUAAUAUUUUGUUUUUUGUUUUUAUAUUCUGCUUUGAAGACACAUUAAUAAUAAAAUCGAAGCCGUACGUAUAUUUAUCGAGAAUUAUGAAUUAUAUGACAUAAAAGAGAACUCGAUCAUAAAAGAGAACUAAAUCCUUUUUAAGAAAAAAAAAAAGUAUCUGAGUUAUAUAUGUAGAUUAGGUAAGGGGUAUUGAGUAGUGAGAGUAUUGAGAUUAGGAGACUGCCAUCAAUCAAUCUUUUUACACAUAUAACGAGCUAUUUUCUUAAAAAUACAAAUUUAAAAAUAUUUUAACUAAAGUGAAAAUAUAAAAAAAAAAAAAAAAAAAAAACUUUUUUUAAUACGAACCAAUUAUAAGCAUUAGAGAAACGAAACGAAAGCCUCAAAGAAAAUUUUUUUUAAAUCAGGUCUAAACUAUUUAAUAUUACAUCUAAAUAAUACAAUUAGAAAGAGAAAUCGACAACAACAACAACAACAACAACAACAACAACAAUAAUAAUAAUAUAAUAAAAAAGAAAAAAAUGAAAAAAGAAUGCCUCUUACAUUAGGGUACACACUUACCUACAUAGACAUGUAGAUAAAUAGUAAAAGAACAGAUCCCUGAAAAGCAGAAAUAUUUUAAAAAAUAUUUACUUGAAUAAAAUUUGUUAAGAAAAUUUUUAAUUAGCAUUAAUAAGCGUAGAGAAUAAAAUAUAAAAAAACGAAAACGAAAAUUAUACAAAUACUUAGAAAACUUAAAUGACAGAUAUUUUUGCACAUGUUUGUACGCUCCGAGGACUUAGACGACCAUAUUUAGUUUAUAUAGCAAAGUAAGAGAAGGGUUUUCAUCUUUUUUUUUUUAUUCUCUCUCUCUUUUUCUUUUUUGAUCGGACAGUUAUAUUCAUAUAUUAACGGGCUCAAAAUUCUCAAUAAAUGGCUUUAAAUAAAUGAAAUGAACAAAAAUUACAUAAUAGCAACGAGAUAUUAAUCAUAUGCAUGUAUAAACAUAUAGUUUACUUUUACUUACAAAAUUUUAGUUAAGUUUGUGCUUCUCAUUUUUCAACUUUUUUUCUUUGUUUUUAGUUUUUUUAUCUCUCUUUAAUCUUUCGCAUAUGCAAAGUUUACAAUAAUACAAUACUGCAAAUGAUGUUUAUGUUAACGAUGAUAAUAAUAAUGAUGAUAAUGAUGGCAAGUUCAAUAGAAAGAGCUUCUUUUAGAAUUUUUGUUGUUAUUAAAUAUAAUUAAGAUGUUUAAAUUUAAAAAAAAAAAAAAAAAAAAAAACAAAUAAGCAAAGAAAAAAAUUGAUGAAUAAUGAUGAGCAUGCAUAAGAGGGAGAAACGCUUAGGCAUGCAAAUGUAGGGUUGUGAACGAUCCUUUAGUUACUAUGAAAGCAAAAUAAUAAUAAUUUCCCUAAUCCUAGAGAGUCAGUUAACACAAAAUACACACACACACACACACACACACACACCCAAAAUCAUUCAAACAAACUCCAUUGGGUUAAUUAAAACGAAGUAGACGAUGAACGCUCAACUUUUAUGCGCGCAUCAAUGUUGAACAACAAGCAACACGCUUGCAAAUUUUUCGUUUAGUUUAGCUCGCAAAUACACAGAUUAAAAAUCAUAGCUCGCUAGCAAUCGAUAAUACUUCCUUUGAUAAUCCUUCAACUUUCCAAUAUAAAUAUCGGAUUAUAUAUUAUUUUACUUACUUACUGUCCUGGCAAACUUUUAUUUCCAGAAAGCAUCUCUUGCCUCUUACGUUUUGAUCGCUUUGCAUACGAAGAUCGUGCUCACUGCCUGUCAGCGUACGAGGUUUAAAUGCAACUGGUGCCUAUACUACAAACCAAAAUUGAUGGGAAUUAAUUAGCUUAAGAUUCUGAGCGAAAGUUAUGAGUUUAUUUUUUUAUUUUUCGUUACGUAAAUCUUUCAUUGUAAGGGUCUUUAAUCGUCUAAGUGAUUGCUAAAUGCGAAUAAGCAGAAAUCCUUCGCUAGUGAACUGAAUUGUGGGCAUAGUUUGCCUUCUAAGCGUGACCUUGCUAGGCCAUAUCUGGCCCGUUGUGAUAAAAUUUUAUAGUAAAUUAAGAAUAAAUGCAUACUGAACCAGAUUGAUAAGGAAUAAUAAAAUAUAUGUAGCAAACUUCUUAACGCUCUCAUAACGCAUUCUAGUAAAGCAAUUUAUUUCACUUGAAACUUUUUUACUUAAC